CUGCAUUACCCUUUACGCAUAUCCCCACAUCGAGUUAUUGUACUUUAUUUCUCCUCCUAUUACUUUCUCUCUUCCUUUCUGUACCAAUGCUUUUGUUUCUUAGUCUAAAUUUUUGAAGAGAUUUAGUUUUCAAGGCCUUUAGUGUUGUAGGAGAAUUGGACCCCUGCUUGUUCCAUUGUUAGAAUUGUCCUACAAUUCCUGCUAAUGGCAGAAGAUAUGAAUCUGUCCAUAAAUGGUCAAUCUCAGGUCCCUCCAGGCUUUCGAUUUCAUCCCACAGAAGAGGAACUUCUUCACUACUAUCUGAGGAAGAAAGUUGCCUAUGAGAAGAUUGACCUUGAUGUAAUCCGUGAAGUUGAUCUUAACAAGCUCGAGCCAUGGGAUAUUCAAGAGAAAUGCAAGAUUGGAUCCACCCCACAGAAUGAUUGGUACUUUUUUAGCCACAAAGAUAAAAAGUACCCGACUGGGACUCGAACAAAUCGUGCUACAGCAGCUGGGUUUUGGAAGGCUACAGGCCGAGAUAAGAUCAUCUAUAGCGGCUUUAAAAGAAUUGGAUUGAGGAAGACCCUAGUGUUCUACAAGGGAAGAGCUCCACAUGGACAAAAAUCAGAUUGGAUCAUGCAUGAGUACAGGCUAGAUGAAAACAUCCAUGACACUAACGUUUCUAAUUCAGUAGGAGAGUCAAUGGCUGAAGAUGGGUGGGUGGUUUGCCGUGUAUUCAAAAAGAAGAAUUAUCAGAAGGCCCUAGAGAGUCCUAAAACCUCCUCUAUGUCUAUGGACUCCAACAAUGAGCUACUAGCUUCAAGAAAUGACGAGGUCUUGGAUCAAAUACUUAUGUACAUGGGAAGGACUUGCAAGCUUGAAAACGAGUCAUUCAACAAUAUUAACAUCUCUGACAACAGUAACCCCUUGAGAUUUCUGACUGCAAAGCAAACAAGCAACUUCAGUGAAGGGCUUCAUGAUAGGUUCAUGCAUCUCCCACGGCUGGAGAGUCCAAACCUUCCUUCACUUCCCAUCAAUAACUCUCCCUUUGAUCAUCAAGACCAUAAUUUCAAAGCUUGUUAUCAAGCAUUUGAUGAAAUGCUCAAUGAAACUGAACCUUCUACUACCAACCAAGCUAGUGGCUGUGAUACUCACAUGACCCCAGUUCAUGAUCAUGACCCAAAAACUAGGCUCAGUGAUUGGGUUGCCUUUGAUCGAAUGGUAGCUUCUCAGCUUAAUGGCCAAGAAGAGACAUCCAAGCAAUUAUCUUGCUUUAGUGACCCCAACAUGGGCUUUUGUCCUCCUCAUCAUGAUGAUGUACAAUUGUCAGACCUACGUACCAGUCGGCUAGGUCAAAUCUCACCCGUCUACAAUACUACCGAGAAUGAUAUAUGGAGCUUUACAAAAUCAUCAUCACCAUCUUCAUCAGACCCUUUGUCCCACUUGUCUGUAUAACCGUACUAUUGAUCAGUACAUCACUAUAAUGGUAUUUGCCAAGUCUAGGUAUAUGUACGUAGUAUAAACAGCAAAACAUGUAUUCAAAUAAGUAAUAAGGUGACAUAUUUGAGAGGUGGUGGCUUUAUUAUUGUUUUUAGAGAA